UUUUUCGAAAGAAACGAAACUUAAAGUUUGGGGGUUUCCUUCAUGUCGAAGGUGUGGCUUCAAAAUAUUUCCAACCUCUUAAGCAGCUGUUUGCACAGUCUGAAUUUGUCUUCCAAGAGAUUUAAACAUGUGGGCAGAGAAUGAUUUGCAUCCAGGUGUGCCAUGUCUCCAAAGCUAUACGGAGCCUGUGAAUGGUAAAAUAUACGUAAUGUAUCAUGGGACCUCUCGACAUGCUGCACAGCAGAUCAUGGCCUAUGGCUUCCAGCCAUCUGCAAAUGGGAUGCUUGGACGUGGCGUCUACCUCAGCCGAGAUCUCAACAAGGCCAGCAGAUACCCACUUGAUCUGCCUGAGCAUGAAAGAGUUGUGAUUAAAGUGCAGGUCAGUGUUGGAAGAGUAAAAAAAAUAGACUACCAAGGUCAUCCACUGCAGAAAUCCUGGCAUGAUCAUGGGUACGACACUGCCUGGUGUCCUCCAAACUGCGGCAUGGUGUCGAGCGGUCUAGAGGAAGACUGUGUUUGGGAUCCAUGCCGGAUUCAGAUCAUUGAUAUCAUUUACCCGCGAGUGCAGUAUGGCUACCCACAAGUGCAGUGUGGGUGUUAUCAUGUGCAAAACAUGUGGGGUGGAAAUAGUUCGACUUUACUCCAAGGCAACACAAAUCCAGUAUCAGGUCAAGUCUACACAAUGUACCAUGGCACAUCCAUGGAGGCUGCAAAGAAAAUUAGAAAAGAGGGUUUUCAUCAGUCUGUUAAAGGCAUGUUUGGACGUGGUGUUUACCUCAGCCGAGAUCUAGAGAAAGCCCGUAGGUAUCCUCUAAAUCUGCAAGCAUACCAGAGAGUGGUUCUGAAAGUCAAGGUCAAUGUUGGGAAAGUGAAGAAGAUUGACCGUCAAGGUCACCCACUCCAGAAAACCUGGCACGAUCACGGGUACGACACUGCCUGGUGCCCUCCAAACUGUGGCAUGGUGGCGAGCGGCCUUGAAGAGGACUGUGUUUGGGAUCCACAACGGAUUCAGAUAAUUGAAAUGAUCUACCCAUUUUUAGAGGUUGUUUUACCUUGUGCAAACAUGUGGGCAGAAGAUGACUUGGGUCCAGGUGGUCCACCAUGCCUCCAGAGUUAUACAGCCCCAGAAGAGGACAAAGUCUACGUAAUGUAUCAUGGCACAUUCCUUUUAACUGCUCUAAAAAUUCUUCAGGAGGGUUUUCGUCCGUCUUCUAAUGGCAUGCUUGGACGUGGUGUCUACCUCAGCCGAGAUCUACAAAAGGCUUCCAGAUACCCUCUGCAUCUACCUGAGAACCAUAGAGUGAUUGUGAGAGUGAAAGUCAAUGUUGGGAGAGUGAAGAAGAUUGACUGUCAAGGUCAUCCACUGCAGAAAACCUGGCAUGAUCACGGGUACGACACUGCCUGGUGCCCUCCAAACUGUGGUAUGGUGCCAAGUGGUCUUGAAGAAGACUGUGUUUGGGAUCCACAACGAAUCACUGUCAUUGAUUUAAUUCAUCCAAUGCUGGGGGAGCAACAUCCUUGUAUCUGCGCUCAGUGUGAGAAGCAAAACCAGAGAUUAUCUGUGGCAAACAUGUGGGAUGAAGAUGACUUGGGCCCAGGUGCUCCACCAUGCCUUGAGAGUUACAUAGAACCAGAGGACAGUGAAGUCUACAUGAUGUACCAUGGCACAUCAAGGGAGAAUGCUGAAAAGAUCGAAGACUAUGGCUUCAAGCAGUCUUCUAAUGGCAUGCUUGGACGUGGUGUCUACCUCAGCCGAGAUCUACAGAAGGCCUCCAGAUACCCUCUGGAUGUACCUGAGAACGAGAGAGUAAUUGUGAGAGUAAAGGUCAAUGUUGGGAGAGUGAAGAAGAUUGACCGUAAAGGUCAUCCACUGCAGAAAACCUGGCAUGAUCACGGGUACGACACUGCCUGGUGUCCUCCAAACUGUGGCAAGGUGCCAAGUGGUCUUGAAGAAAACUGUGUUUGGGAUCCGAACCGAAUCACAGUCAUUGAUUUAAUUUAUCCAAAGAAAGAAGAGGAAAGUUUUUGUAGAAUCCUCUGAAGAUGUUGAACAGAUUAAACUAAUAAAACUCUUAGAUACAUACAUUUUUAUGGUUUCAGUGUUUAAAUCUGUUUUGUCCCAUACACAAUAAUCUGUAGAAUACAAAGUGUGCAUUCAGGAUCAAAACACAAACCUACAAUUACAGAAUUAAAUGAAAUGUGCAUUAUACUAUGAAGCUUACUUGGUUAAGUUAAAAAAAAAAAAAACGAGAGAUUUAUUCUGUUACAAUUCAUAGUACAUCUGCCUAACUUUUAUUGAACUAUUGUAUGCAUGUGAUUGAAAUGAAGAAAUAAAAUAAAACAAAUGGCAGAUUAAAAAUUAAUCCUACGCUGUUCUGCUAAUCUUAAAUAGUGAAAUGACCCGGAAACUGAAAAUAAUGUAUAACAGAAUAAUUUGUUAACACAAAUGGAUAUAUUCACAUUCAUUAUACUUUAUUUUCUGUUAAUAAA